AUGCUUCUGGAACAAGAGCCCAACCUUGCCGAAGUACGGAUUUUUGACCUGCAUCUGGAUGAAAGUAUGCGCAGCUUGGAUAGAGGAACCAAGAACGUAAUUGAGGCCUGUGUCGCACAAGGAGUCCAGUAUCUGAUUUACACCAGUAGCAUGGAGGUCGUAGGACCUAACACAAAAGGCCACCAUUUCUACAGGGGCAACGAGGACACGACAUAUGAGAGCGUCUACCACCAUCCAUACCCACUUAGCAAAGCCAAGGCUGAGCAGCUGGUCCUCGAAGCCAAUGGGCUAUUGAUGGCCAACGGGAAGCAGCUAGUGACUUGUGCCCUUCGUCCGACGGGCAUCUAUGGGGAGAACCAUCUGCUGAUGAAGGAUUUUUAUGAGACAGGGCUGGUGACAAAGAAGUACAUGAUCCGGGCCGUCCCGGCCUCUGUCGAGCAUGGCAGGGUCUAUGUAGGCAACGUGGCUUGGAUGCAUCUGCUGGUGGCUCGGAAGAUCCAAGAGGACCCCUCAACCAUCGGGGCCCAAGUUUAUUAUUGCUAUGACGACUCUCCUUACAAGAGCUACGAGGACUUUAACAUGGAGUUCUUGAAGCCGUGCGGCUUCCGCCUCUUGGGUUCCCGUCCCCUGGUGCCGUUCUUUCUCCUCCAGCUGAUAGCUCUGGUCAAUGUGAUCCUGCAGCGACUCCUGAAGCCCUUCUUCGUGUACGCCCCCAUCCUCAACACCUACACCCUGGUGAUCGUCAGCACCACCUUCACCGUAAAGACUGACAAGGCCCUGAGCCACUUCGGAUACACACCCCGUUUCACCUGGGAAGAGAGCCGGAAUCGCACAAUCAGGUGGCUGCAAGAGAUCGCAGCAGAGAAGCAAGUGGAGAAGUAGGCCCAGAAGGACAGGACAACCUGAAUGGAGAGAUGCU